AUGCUUUUAAGAUUACCAAAAAAGAAUACUUUUUGCCUGGUUGCAAGGAGAGCCUCGAUGAAAUCUAGUGCAAGACUAUCACAUACAUCGCCACCUUCUGCCUCCAAGCAAGAUGUUUAUAUACCGCCUGAUGAGAUAAAAGAUGUACCACAAAAAUGGGAUAUCAUAAAACCCAAGAUGUUGAAAGAUGAAAUUCUUGAGUACCUGCGGUGGAAGAUGGAAGGGAAUUGGAGUAAAAUGUCUCGAGAGGAACAAAUGGCCAUCUACUCCAUUAGCUACGGAAAAUGGGGACCCAGAUCUGAGGCCAAGAACAAGAAUGGUCUAGGCAAUGGUGGUAAGGAACUCAAUUUAUCUUAUAUCUUAAUGAGAACAGUCUUCAAUUUGAUCUUAUUGAGUGCAGCUGGUGUUUCCCUUUUAAAUCUCAAGAGAGACAAAGAGACUUUAAAGGAAUGGGAUCACCAGGAAACAGCUGUAUAG